CUCAGGCUGGAUACCACUGGCACAGCCUCUGAGAUGGGAUCCAUCUACGAAUGCAGCAUGCUGUGCUCUUGCCCCAGCUCCUGCCCCAACCGGGUGGUGCAAAGCGGUCUCCAAACCCAGAUCCAAAUUUACAGGACAGCUGCCAAGGGAUGGGGGGUGCGCACAAUGCAGGAUGUGCCCCGUGGAGCCUUCCUUUGCCAGUACUUUGGGGAGCUGAUCUCCAGCACUGAAGCUGCACACCGAGAGGAAGACACUUACUACUUUGUGGUGGACAUGCAGGAUGGGCAACAGUGCUGCCUUGAUGGGCGCUACUAUGGCAAUGUGGGGCGUUUCCUAAAUCAUUCAUGUCAACCCAACUUGGUGGCCCUACAGGUUGCCCUGGGAUACGAGAUCCCUGGCAUUGCCUUUUUCAGCACACGGGCCAUCCCGGCUGGUGAAGAACUUGGGUUCGAUUACGGCGACCAGUUCUGGGAGGUGAAAAGCUGGAGCUGCGCCUGCCUGUGCGGCUCGCCCGGCUGCAGACGCGCGGCGCGGGGUGCCGCCGGUGCUCCUUCGCCAGCCGCGGGAGACCCCGGGUUGGGCCCCAGCUCUCCCCGCCCGCGACGGCCUCCGCUCCGCGGCUUCGCGCUCAAGACCAAGCGCUCGAGUCCCAUGAAGAGGGUCACCCGUUCCCGCUGGGCUCGUGAGGCUCGGCCGCCGUAG